UUCCUUGAAAGUAGAAUUCUUCCUGCGGGAUCCGCCUGCUGUGCUGCCGUCAGUGAAAUGAGAUCCAACCCGUUCUGGUCCGCGCAGACCGCCUCAACCUGCUCCUCCACGACGACCAGGAAGACUCGCUAGAGGCCCCCGGACGCGAUGACGCUUCCCCAACUUUAUGCCGCCUUCACCCGGCUGUGAGGAUGAAGGUGGUCCACCCCCACCGGGGUCGCAAGCGCGACGCCCCGGCUGACCCUUCACUGCCCGCCGUUCACGUCAGCCAAGCCCCGCUGGCACCGAGCGACGCUCCGGACGAAACGACACCCCCGGCGGGCGCCAGGCUGCGGCUCUCCAAAGCCUCCAAGGGAGGGAUGGUGAAGGUGGUGCGGCGGCACGUCUCCCCUCAGCCGCCCAGCCUGGAGAGCCUUGAGGCGGCUUGGAGCGACAGAGCUCAACGGGAAGCUCUGAGGAGUCCAGACCGGAGGAAGCGCCAGGCAGAGGCCGAGGACAGGCCGGGCCAGGAAGAGCACGCUGGGGGCCCGCAGAGGGGCCGGAAGAAGGGGUUCAGACCCCCGGACGUGAGGACCAUCUUCAGCCCGGAGGACAAGGACCCCAGGGUGAAGGAGGAGUCUGGGGAGGGCCACAGUUUUGGGCCUGGAGGGGACGGCACCUGGUGUGAUGUGUGCUGCAAGUACGUCUUCCACGGGGCUCUCACCUGUGCAGGAUGCAAGUACGCGUGUCACAGCGCCUGUCGAGACCGAGUGUCGCUGGACUGUCAGCCUGCGGCGUCACCUGUCAGCCAGGACCAGCUCAACAACAACCACGACGUCAGCAACACGCCGCCACACGAUGUGGAGAAGGACAGGAAGCUGCGCACCGAGUUCGGCCGGGAGGAAAUCAAGCAGAAGAUUGAGCGGUACAACUCCACGACCAGAGACCACCUGAAAAUGACCUUGGGUUCUACUGGGGUGUACACGGGCUUCAUUAAGGUCCAAAUGGACCUGAGGAGGCCUGUGACGGUGCGGGGGGAUCAGAGGGGAUCAGGCGGAGAUGCGGCGAGCGAGGCCUUCUAUUUGCCGCGAGGAGUCAGCAACACGCUACACAUCAGCUCCAGUAACACCGUCAGACAGGUGAUCAUGGCACUGCUGAAAAAGUUCACUGUCGCAGACAACCCGGCCAAAUACGCCUUAUACAAACGCUACCGCCGCGAGGAGCAAGUGUACGUGUGCAAGCUGGCCGAUGGCGAGCAGCCGCUGUUCCUUCGUCUGGUGGCGGGCCCUGACAACGACACGCUGGGCUUCGUCCUGCGAGAACAACAGACUGGAGAAGUCAUGUGGGACGCCUUCUCCGUCCCAGAGCUGCGCAACUUCCUGCGCAUCCUGGACAAAGAGGAAGCGGAGCAGAAGGAGGCAGUGAUUCGCCGCUACGACGCCUACCGCCAGAGACUGAGGGAUGCGCUGAGGGAUGUCCGAGGACCUUCUUAAAUCCCCCCUUUUUUUUUUUUUUACCUCGCCAAGAAUAAAGACGGAGGAGAACCUUGUGGACUUUGAGGAUUCUACAAGCCGACUUGCUGCUUGAAGACAAAGACUGACGUGCCAAACCAUGAAAGACUAUCAAGUCUGUACAUAUUUUCCUUUUCUUAAUUUAUAUGGGUGAAGCUUCUUUAUUCUAUUCAGUCUUAUUUUUGCCGCGAUCAGACUACACUACCCACAAUCCUCAGCGCUCUCCGGGCUUUGAAGAAGGAUAAUGUGAAAUAGGAGACAAAAGUUAAAGGAAGCGAGAGUUAAGAAGAGAAGAAGGUUGGAUUCAGAGGAGCGAGUUUUUGAAGAAGGAGCUUUCAGGAAGUAGACAAAAGGGUGAUGGAGGAAGUAGAGUAGUGUAGAAGCAGGAGAACAACAUUUUGAGAUAGGCAAGCGCUGACAGCCGCACCUCUUUUUGUGCGUUUCACCCUUGGCCUGUCUUGCUCUGUAUGAAUUAUAAACCAGGGCAAGGCGAGAGACGUCUUAAACAAGUGUUUAUUUGAUUGAAACAAAAACGUGCUUUUUCUGGUACAUGCCCUAUGAAACAGCACCACCUUGUGGACAAAUACUGCAGCUACUCCUCGCUACAGGUUUAUUUUUGUAUCAUUACUAUGAUUAUUCUCUCGUUGUAACCAAAGAUAGUUUCGUGGUGUUGCCUGGGGCAAAAUGAAGCCACUAGAAGCAAAAUAUAUAUCAAGUAGAGAUUUAUUUAAAGUGAUUUAUUUGUCUAUGAAACACUGGCUUUAUAUGGACGCAGAGAAGGGGCAAAAUGACGUUUACUGGGCAUUGAUGCAAUUUUUAAAAUCAUUAUUACAAACCUAGCUUGAAAAAGGGCAUUUAGGAACAUUUAUGAAUUUUAAUAAUAGAUUAAACUUAAAUGGAAAGUCCAAAUUAAAUCAAACAAAAUUCGAAAUACAUUUUGUCCUUUCUGUGCUACCAUACUUGAUUACGAGAGUCUCCAUGGAAACGCUUAUCACAUCUUAAUGUGUUGUGUAUCUCUUAGCUGAACUUGACAUCAGUUGUAUCAACUUAAAAUGUUUUUUGGGGGGGCACUUUAAAUGAUUUAUUCAGGGAAGAUGUUUUUUUUUAAUGUUUUUUUUUUUUCCUUUUUCCCUUUUCACUACGCUGCAAACUCCUGCGAUGUUGACGUGACUUUCCACACUUUAUUUCACCACGUAUACAUUGUGUGUGUCCUUAGUAGGCCUCGUGUUCAUGUACCACGUGUUACCAUGGCAACUGUUGAUUCUUGUAAAGCUGUGCAAUGACAAUAGAAGUCGCGGCUGGAGUCCAAAUGAGAAUGAACCGUAAUCAUUCUGGAAGUUGUGUUUAGUUGCUGUAGUUGAAGCCAUAGUUCAAGAAGGAAUUUGUGGACUUUUACUCAAAGUGUGCCUUUCUCUCUCUUUACAGCGUCUGCAAACUGAAGAUUGUUUUGUUGUUUUUGCAGAUGCUCCAACAUUGUAAUCGCUCACGUGCAGCUAUUAAAGGUGAACUUUAAAA